AUGAUUGAGAAAAUUGUCGGUUUCGGUAUUUUAACGGCUAUCACGGUUAUUGGAAACACGAUCAUUAUAAUAGCGAUACGUGUUGAACCACGUUUAAAAGGCGUGAGCAACUAUUUAAUUAUCAAUUUAGCUGCUGCUGAUUUUCUAAUUGGCACUACCGUGAUUCCUCUCAUAUCCAUUUGGGAGAUCUAUGGUGUCUGGAAAUUUGGCAUUCGUUUAUGUAAUGCUUGGACAUGUUGUUCUCUACUAUUUUGUACUGUCUCAUUUCUAACAAUAUCGGCAAUCGCAUUAGAUCGUUAUCUCUAUCUUAUUGAGUCCAAAAUGGAUCGGAAAAAGGAAGCGUCUCGUCGUGCUUUUAUACUUAUAUUUUUAACAUGGUUGAUUCCAUGUCUCGUCUGGAUACCCGGUGUUCUUGGUCGCAGUUACACUGGCUAUACUCCUCUCCUCGCUGACGGAUGUUACUUUCAAGCUCCAGGUUUAUUUGUCCUAUUAACAACGAUUGUGCUAUUUUUUGUUCCCAUGAUCGGAAUGAUUGUUUUGUAUGUGAAAAUUUUUCGUGUGUUACAUGGACAGAUGAGUCGUCUUUCCGUAUGGCUAACCGAAGUUGAUUCAAAUAAUGGAUACGAUAAAGGUUCUCUUCACGCUUUGUCACCUACUCGCGAUUCAACACCUAGUCUUACAUCCACCUAUCAUCAGCGUUCAAUUGGCAGUUGUAACAACAUCAAUUUUGUCAAUAGUACAAAUAUCAUUUGUGCAAGUUUUACAAAUCUUCGUUCUCCAAAUAACAGCAAUACGAAAAGAGGAAAAUAUCGUAUCUCACGUCAAGAUUCUGCUCCAAUUCAAACAUUACCACUUACUAACCCACCACCUACACUAUCCGUUGAAAAAUCACAUAAAUUUCGACGUGCUGUUCAUGCUAUUGUUUGGCUAGGACGAACACGAAGUAGCGUUUUGGGAAAUUCAAAUCAGUUGAAAGGAAGUUUUAAAGAAUUUCGUGAAAAUUCUCAGAUGCGUACUAGAAAAAAACUCUUCUAUACAUCAGGAUGGCAACAUCAAAAUCAUCGUAAUUCAACAUAUCGACGAGCCAUGACUAGUGAUUCGUUAUUACAGCGUCAACGAAGUGCUGAAAGACGACAACAACAAAAAAUGCGUUUAAUUAAACAAAGACGAGUAGCAAGAACACUUGGGGUAUUAAUAUUUGUUUUUCUUGUUUUAUGGCUCCCGUUCACAAUCGCUUGGCCAAUUCAACGAUUUUGUCAAAAAUGUGUAUCAAAUAGUUUAUUACGGAAAACUUGGUGGUUAACGUAUGCCAAUACAUUUAUUAAUCCAUUUCUUUACUUUUUUUCAAAUAAAGAUUUUCGAUAUGCGUUGCGAAGAAUUUUAAAAUGUUGUUUUAGACAGAGACAAAAUGCACUAAAGAAAAAUAAUCGUUAA